GAGAGGGCAGCGCAGGGCGGUGGCGCUGGCGCCGGGCGUUAUCGCCCGCUACCGCCCGGCUACCACCCGCGCUGGGGGCGAGAGGGAGGCGAUAAGCGGGCGAUAGGCGGGGCGGCGCGCUGGCAGCACGGGGCGAGAGGCGGGGCGAGAGGGAGGGGCUGAGGUGGCGCGAUCUGAUUGGUCCACCUCAGCUAGCCGUUGGGGUAUCCGUUGCUGGUUCAAAAACCCCCUAUAAAUACCCCCAUAUGGUUUCACUCAUUCCACACCUCACUUCAUCUCCUCCACUCUCCAUUUCCACUCCUCUCAAUGCCAUGUCUUCGUCUAGCAGUAGUUCGAGCGACGGAAUGGAGGGUGAUAUGAUUGCUGCAUUCCAGGCGGAGUAUGAGGAGGAGAUGCUCAACGAGGAGCCGGAGCCAAGACGGCCGCGACGCCGCCGAGAGUUCAUCAGGCGUGAUCGUCUGGGUGCCCACGAUCGGCUCUUCGAGGACUACUUCGCCGACGACUGCAAUUACCCUCCGAGCUACUUUCGGCGAAGGUACCAGAUGAGACGAUCCCUCUUUCUGCGCAUUGUGGAUAGAUUGGGUGAAUACUCUCCGUAUUUCACCCAAAGAGUUGAUGCUCUCAACCGUGCUGGUUUUUCUCCCCUGCAAAAGUGUACUGCGGCUUUGCGUCUGUUAGCUUAUGGAGCUGCUGCAGAUACAAUAGAUGAGUGGCUUAAGUUAGCUAGACAAACUUCAUCAGAUUGUCUAGAUAGAUUCUGUGAAGGCAUCAUUGACUGUUACGGGGAGACGUUUUGCCGUCGACCAACUGCCGAGGAUACUCAGCGUCUGUUAGCGAAAGCCGAGGAGCGUGGCUUUCUGGGCAUGUUAGGGAGCAUCGAUUGCAUGCAUUGGCAGUGGAGGAACUGCCCAGUGGCUCAUGCUGGUCAAUUCACAAGGGGAGACAUCAAGCACCCUACCAUAAUCUUAGAAGCCGUUGCGUCGUAUGACCGUUGGAUCUGGCAUGCCUUUUUUGGAGUGGCCGGGUCCAACAACGACAUCAAUGUACUCAACCAGUCGCCGUUGUUCACUGAUGUGCUUAGGGGAGAAGCACCUGUAGUGAACUUCACGGUGAAUGGACACGAGUACAACUAUGGUUACUACCUUGCCGACGGCAUCUAUCCCUCCUGGCCGGUGUUCAUGAAAGGUGUUACUCUUCCACAAAGUAAAAAGCAGCGAGUGUUCACUGCUGCUCAAUCAGCUUGGCGCAAAGAUGUCGAGUGUGCCUUUGGAGUGCUGAAGGCUAGGUUCAACAUUCUAGCAGUUCCGGGACGCUCCUACUCGAAGCGUACUCUUGGGUUGAUCAUGCGUGCAUGUGUCAUUCUGCACAACAUGAUCAUCGACGAUGAGCGUGGUACAAAUUUGGAGAACAACUAUGAGACAGUUGAGUCCAAUGUCGGCCCUGCAAUACACAACCAUGCACCACCAAGCCUAGCAGCCAGGAUUCAGAUGGACAACGAAAUGAGGGACUCACCGAUGUAUACACAGCUCCAGCAUGAUUUGAUUGAGCAUGUGUGGGCUAAUGCCUAGAUUAUGUAAUUUUUUCAAAUUUUUAUGUAAUCUUUUCAAAUUUUUAUGUAAUUUUUUUUAUGAUGUAAUCGGUAACAAUUUUAGUUCAAUAAAAUAAUUUCCUUGCAUUAUUUUUAAUGUUGUAAUCUGAAAAAGAAAUGCUGAUG